AUGAAUCCGGAGAAUACAAAGAUUGGAUUUAUUGGAAUUGGCGUGAUGGGAAAGUCCAUGUGCCGUAAUCUUAUGAAAAAUGGAUAUAAGGCAACGAUCUAUAAUCGUACUGCUGAGAAGUGCAAGGAGUUGGCUGCUGAAGGAGCUGUGGUUGCGAAUUCGCCCAAGGAAGUGGCCGAAAAUUCUGAUGUCGUGUUCUCGAUCGUUGGGUAUGCUUUUUUUUCACGCGUGCGAUCUAGUUUCCCCUAUGAUGUUCGAGAAGUGGUUCUGGGAGAAAACGGCAUUUUGGCCGGUAUCCAUGAAGGAGGCAUCGUUGUGGACAUGACCACCAGCCAGCCUUCAUUGGCUGUAGAAAUUUACGAGGCCGCCAAGAAGAAGAAUGUAUUCUCUCUGGAUGCCCCGGUGUCUGGAGGCGAUGUCGGCGCUCGCGAUGCGAAACUCGCGAUUAUGGUCGGAGGAGACCGCGAGAUCUUCGAUCGUGUCAUGCCUCUCUUCCAAUGCAUGGGAACGAACAUCCGAUACAUGGGAGGAGCGGGCUGCGGCCAGCACACCAAGAUGUGUAAUCAGAUUCUCAUCGCCACGAACAUGAUCGGCGUUUGCGAGAGUCUUCUGUAUGGGUACAAGGCGGGAUUGAAUCUCGACGAUGUGAUUGCUGCCGUGAGCACCGGCGCAGCGGGCUCGUGGAGUAUCAGCAAUCUCGGCCCGCGCAUGGUCAAGCGCAACUUCGAUCCCGGCUUCUUCGUGGAACACUUCAUUAAGGAUAUGGGAAUCGCUCUGGACGAAGCCAAGCAGAUGAAUUUGUGCUUGCCGGGACUCGCGCUCGCUCACCAGCUGUACAUGGCGGUGAAGGCGCAGGGCCACGGGAAGUUGGGCACGCAGGCGCUGCUGCUGGCGCUGGAGCAGAUGAGCGGCUUGAAGGACGGAAUUGCGGCGCAGAAGUGAGAAAA